AUGGAUUCUCGCAAUUCUGAGUAUUAUGAAAACUUCGAUGAGGUCCAUGGCAUUCUAAUGUAUAAAGAGUUUGUCCAGUAUUGGGAUGAUGUGGAAACAUUCCAGGCAAGACCAGAUGAUCUUGUUAUUGCCACCUACCCUAAAUCUGGUACCACCUGGGUUAGUGAAAUUGUAUAUAUGAUCUAUACAGAGGGUGAUGUGGAAAAGUGCAAAGAAGAUGCAAUUUUUAAUAGAAUACCUUUCCUGGAAUGCAGAAAAGAAGAUGUCAUGAAUGGAGUUAAACAAUUGAAAGAGAUGGCAUCUCCUAGGAUAGUGAAGACUCAUCUACCUCCUGAACUUCUUCCAGUCUCAUUUUGGGAAAAUAACUGCAAGAUGAUUUAUCUUGGCCGGAAUGCUAAGGAUGUGGCUGUUUCAUAUUAUCAUUUCUUUCAAAUGGUAAAUGCUUAUCCAAAUCCUGGAACUUUUCCAGAAUUUGUGGAGAAGUUUAUGCACGCACAAGUUCCUUAUGGUUCCUGGUAUAAGCAUGUAAAUUCUUGGUGGGAGAAGAGUAAGAAUCCACGAGUGCUAUUUAUUUUCUAUGAAGAUAUGAAAGAGGAUAUCAGAAAAGAGGUGGUGAAAUUGAUACAGUUCCUCGGGAGGAAGCCAUCAGAGGAGCUUGUGGAAAAAAUUAUAAAGCACACCUCAUUCCAGGAGAUGAAGGAUAAUCCAUCCACCAACUACACAGUUCUGCCGGAGGAAAUCAUGAAUCAAAAAGUGUCACCAUUCAUGAGAAAGGGGAUUGCAGGUGACUGGAAAAAUUACUUUACAGUAGCACUUAAUGAGAGAUUUGAUACUCACUAUGAGCAGCAAAUGAAGGAGUCUCCAGUGAAGUUUCGAACUGAGAUCUAA